AUGAGUCUUGAAAAAGCAUCAUCAUCAUCAUCAUCAUCUCAUCAAUAUAAAACAGCAUCAAACACAAAUACAGCUCGUACUACAGAUAUACAAAUCGAUACUCAAGCGACGUAUGAUGAUCAUCCUUAUUGUUUUUCGACACAUCAUGAAAAACUUUGUAAUUCAAAAAUGUCAGCACCACAUCUUCUUAUGCAUUUAUUGAAUGAUAUUGUGUAUCAUAUCAAAAAAAUUCUACGUAAAAAAUUUCGUGUACAAAAACCAUUCAAUUUUACUAAUAUUAAAAAUAUCAAUUUACUUGUUGGAGGAGGUACACCUACAGAACAUAAUAAUAUUAGACAAGCAUUUGGUUUACUAAUCAAUCGAAAUCAAUCAACAUCAGAUAUACUAUUAAACUUAUUAAGAGAAAAUCAAGAUUGUCAAUAUUUAGUUAAUAACUUAUUUGAUAAUACAACAAUAUUCAAUCCAACUAGUUAUUUUCAAAGUGUUCAAGAAUUAGAUAAACAACGAAAAAAUCCAAAAAAUAAAAUCAAUUGUAUUCGAUGGGAUGGAAAUGAUUAUCAUAUCGAUUUAGCUUUAAUGAAAAUCGAUACAUCAAAAUUACACGAUGUAAAUCAAUAUAAAUGGCAAUAUCAAACAAAUCAAAUUCAAAUAUUAAAAAAUAAUUUAUCUAAUGAACCUGGUAUAUUAGCAAAAUUACACAAAACAUUAUCAUGUAUUAACCCAAAUGCAUUAUAUAUUUUACCAUCAGUAUCAGAAUUAAUUCAUUAUUAUUGGCAACGUGCUCCAUAUAAUGACGAUAUUGAUGAUGAUGAUACAAAUGAUUAA